AUGGAACAUGGCAUUUUCCAGAGUGAAGCUGGGCAUCAAUUGUCACAACUUGGACUUUCACAGGUUGGUUCCAAUGCUGCAGGUGUUGUAGUGGUUUCUCUCCAGGCAGCUGAGCCCUACCUCAAAGCCCAGCAUCCGAUCUCCUCAGGCCCUUUGGCCUUUUUCGUUGUCGAUUCACACGAUCUGCCCGUCACUCAGUUUGCUGUUGCUCCGGUUCGUGUUCCCCUGGUCUGUGCUGCCAAUUCGGAGCCUCUCUUGGUGGAUGGUCACAUGGUCCAACUUGGUGCAGUCGGUGUCCAGCGUGUACCACCACUUCAGAGAUGCCAAGAUGAGGAAUGCUGUGGGUGUGAGUGCUGGCAUUCAUCUGCGGACUUUCCCAUGUCAACACCUGUCUUGGAAUUGUGGGGGAAACAGUGGUUGCGUUUGGACUUCCGACAGACCUCCCCGGACCAGUCAGAGCUGUUUACUGCCCACUUGCGGCUGCCUGAGCACUUGCAGAUGCAGGUGCAAUACUUUUCAGGUCAUGAUGGUGUCUACUUGGAACCCAAAGCCAUUGAUGGACGUCAGCCUUCGCCAGAUUUCCAGGUGGUGUGGCUCCCCAAAGCGGACCAGUCCCAAGUGAUGUUGCAGAGACAGACAGUCAAGCAUGUAGUGGGAUUGGCCAGGAUGGGACAAAAGAUGGGUCUCAGGUGCAGAACUGAGCAUGAAGCCGAAGUCUUUUCCACAGUGAAACCAGGUCAUACCUUCUUGCCACCAGGCAAGCGUCAGAGUUUCCUGGUAGGGCCUUUUGCCUAUGGCACUUUGCAGUCGUCCGUUGCCCAGGGAUGGACAGCCAAACCUGUACAGGCUCUUGCUGCCAAAUCUCAUGUCCAGGGGUUGAUGUUUCGAGUUCAGUCCAUCCAGGACCCAAGUUGUAAAGUCAUUCGUAUGGCACAUGGGGACGUCAUGAUCUCGAAAGAAGAUGAAGUGCAGAUCCCUGAUCGUCCAACACCGAAAGUCGUUGCCACCAUGGCCACGGAAUCCAUUGUGGCCAAACCGAUUGAAGCUGAUUACAUUCAGCUGAAUGACCCAUGGGCCAAAGCUGCUGGAAGAUUGGCCCCUAAAGCCGCUUCAUUCCAGAUUGGCAACCCUUUGGAAGACAUGGCUUAG